AUGAAUACUUCGGAGUCGCAACAGGAUUUAUUGAGCAACGAGGCCAGAUCGCCGUCGGAGCCGUCGCUUCAUCAGCCUCCAGGAGAUUAUUCUUUGGGUCCAGUGGAGAAGCAUUUUUUAUUGAGUGCAGAAAGGGGAGAUUGCGCAACUGUCAAACGAUUAUUAGAGGAGAAUAAAGAUCAUCCGGAGCUCUUGGAUAUAAAUUGCGUAGAUCCUUUAAACCGAUCUGCUCUGAUAGCUGCCAUUGAGAACGAGAAUAUCGAGCUGAUAAAACUUCUUCUGGAAUUAGGUAUCCAAGUGAAGGAUGCUCUACUCCAUGCUAUCAAGGAAGAAUACGUGGAGGCUGUAGAAAUUUUGUUAGAGUGGGAGGAAAGGAUUCACGUACAGGGACAGCCUUAUAGUUGGGAAGCCGUCGAUAGAUCUUCGUCAAAUUUUACACCGGAUAUCACACCCUUGAUACUGGCUGCACACAAAAAUAAUUAUGAAAUUUUGAAAAUUCUUCUGGAUCGCGGAGCAACCUUACCUACCCCUCACGAUGCAAGAUGUGGAUGCGACGAGUGCGUCACGUCUAGCGAACAAGAUUCUCUUCGGCAUUCACAAGCUCGCAUUAAUGCAUAUCGAGCAUUGACUUCUCCGUCACUGAUAGCGCUAUCAUCCAGGGAUCCAUUAUUAACAGCCUUUGAAUUGUCCUGGGAACUUCGAAGACUGAGUAGAAUGGAACAAGAAUUUCGAUUUGAAUAUAACGAAAUGCGAGAACAAUGUCAAAUUUUUGCUACGUCUUUGCUGGACCAUGCGAGAACGUCACACGAGUUGGAAGUUAUGUUGAAUUACAAUCCCACGGGAGAGAAUUGGGAACCCGGAGAGAGACAAACACUGGAUAGACUGAAACUCGCUAUUAAGUACAAGCAAAAGCAGUUCGUCGCUCAUCCAAACGUUCAGCAACUUUUAGCUGCUAUCUGGUACGACGGUCUUCCUGGCUUUCGUCGCAAGAGUAUGGUUGGACAAUUAAUUGAAGUUGGAAAACUUGGCGCCAUGUUUCCGGUUUACAGUUCUAUCUAUAUGCUCUCGCCAACUUCGAAGAUGGGAUUAUUUAUGAAGAAGCCGUUUGUCAAAUUUAUAUGUCACUCGUCGUCCUAUGCCUUCUUCUUGAUGCUAUUGGGAAUGGCCAGUCAGAGGAUAGAGUAUUUGGUAAUUGAAUUUUUUGGAAAUGCUUGGAUGCGAGAAAUUUUGGCAGGAUGGAAGAGACACGAGCGAGGAUGUAUACCGGGAUUCGUUGAAUCUGGUGUAAUAAUUUAUGUAUUUAGCUUGGUUAUUGGCGAAAUCAGAUCGUUAUGGGCUGAUGGUUUAUUGGAGUAUAUUUCGGAUUUAUGGAAUAUCGUUGAUUUUGUUCAAAAUACUUUUUACGUCAUUUGGAUAAGUUUACGGAUGACAGCUUGGUUUGUUGUUCAGAGGGAAUAUUGGGGUGGUGAGGAUCCUUGGUAUCCCAGGGACCAAUGGGAUGCUUACGAUCCUAUGUUACUAUCUGAAGGAGCAUUUGCUGCUGGAAUGAUUUUUAGUUUUCUCAAACUCGUCCAUAUAUUCAGCGUAAAUCCACAUUUGGGUCCCCUACAAAUUUCUUUGGGUCGCAUGAUAAUCGAUAUCAUAAAAUUCUUCUUUAUCUACACUCUGGUCCUCUUCGCUUUUGGCUGUGGUAUGAAUCAACUCAUGUGGUACUAUGCUGAUCUGGAAAAGAUGAAGUGUUAUCAUUUACCAAGCGGUUUACCAGAUUUUGAUAAUCAAGAAAAGGCCUGUUCGAUUUGGAGAAGAUUUGCCAAUCUCUUCGAAACCUCUCAGUCACUCUUUUGGGCAAGUUUUGGUAUGGUGGAUCUAAUGUCCUUUGACCUGACCGGGAUCAAAAGUUUUACAAGAUUUUGGGCCUUACUCAUGUUCGGUUCUUAUUCCGUAAUCAAUGUGAUCGUCCUAUUGAAUAUGUUGAUCGCUAUGAUGUCAAAUUCCUACCAGAUAAUAUCGGAACGAGCAGACACCGAAUGGAAAUUUGCAAGAAGUCAUUUAUGGAUGAGUUACUUCGAAGAUGGCGACACUGUCCCACCACCCUUCAAUAUGAUACCAACGGCUAAAAGCUUCAACAAAAUCGUGACCUGUGGCAAGGGUGGCCGCCCUACAAGAUCGUUGAUAAAAAAAUCACGAGAAAAGGCUCUAACCAGACAUGAAUCAGUGAUGCGUUUACUCAUAAGACGUUACGUCACGGCCGAGCAACGUAAAAGGGAUGACUUUGGUAUCACGGAGGAUGACGUAAUGGAGAUACGACAAGACAUCUCGACAUUGAGAUACGAGCUGAUUGAUAUUUUGCGACAAAACGGUAUGAGAACGCCACAGAUUGAUAAGCAGGAUGCUGCGCUGUCUGGUAAGAAGGGCCGAGUAAUGGAGAGAAGAUUGCAGAAGGAUUUCCAGAUUGGAAUUGUCGAAGGGAUAGUGAAUGCAGUAAUCCAGAAUGAGAAUGAACCUAAAGACGUCUUCAGUCAGAUAGCAAGAGCAAUCGGUCGUAGAAGCAGUGGACAGAGUAAGAAAAAAGAUUGGAACGCCGUGGUAAGGAAGAAUACGCUUGCACGAGAUCCCAUUGGCAGCACGAAUGAAGCAUUCAUAAGGCAAUCUAGAAGAAGUCUGCGCAGACAUCUUCAGCAGCAUCCAAAUUCUGAUUUGGCGUCAUUGGAUCCUGAUCGCCUUGUUGAAUACAAUCCAAAUUUGUCGGGUGUAUCGCCUACGACGCGAAUUGCUUAUGCCAAGUUCAUAAUGAGCAGACUGAAGCAGGUGGAGGGAGAUGUGGUUGAUGGUAAAGGAGAAGGUACUGAAGGUCCUGCCAAGAGUUCACAGUCCUCGCAGAGAUCUAGUAUGAAGGUUGUUGUGACUGAGGCACCGCAAAAGCCAGGAACACCUACAGCUUCUGUUCUUAACGAGUCGAUUAAGAAGGGUUUAUUAAAAACAAUGAGUGCUGGUAGUACCAGUUGUGAUAAGACUGGUGAUAAGACGCCUCCUUUAGAUCCGAAAUCAUCUGAAUUUCGUGCGCCCACUCCCAUUCCCGAAGAUCCUAGAGAGGAUGAGGCAGGAAAACCAUCACCGGCUGAACCACCUCCUCGGAAAGAUGCGUCGGUAAAACAGAUUUCUACGGGUGAACCGUCUAAGAAGGCUGAUGAAAAUACCGAGGAGGAUAAGAAGAAGAAGGAGGAGGAGGAAAACAAGAAGAAGGACGAGGAAGAGAAGAAGAAGAAGGACGAGGUAGAGAAGAAAGAGGAACAAAAGAAAGAAAAUCCGCCAGGUGGUGCUGCUGCGCCGGGAAAACCUACGAAUGACCAAGAGAAUGUUCCAGUGGCGACAACUAAGCUACGCGGCAAGUCAAAAAUGACUGGACAAAUAAUGGGUGGUUGGAUAUAACGCAAAUGAGAGAUCAGAAAAAUUCGUAAGCAAUUUUGGGACUUGUUCGGUGCCAAAAAUAAAGCUACCCUGCAUG